AUGGAAGGCCUUUGUGCUGAAUUGCACCAUCAUAAAUUUCAUCCCUCUCACCAACUCUACAAGAAAUCUCUUCGUGACAUUGAUAUUCCCCCUAGAAAAUUACUAAGCCGACGUUCUACUCUUUCAUCAAUCGACCAUGUUGUUUCUGAUGUCCAGUUUAUGGAUUCACCAAAGUCUGUUGGCGGGUUGGGAACUGAAUCGGAUACUCUAUUUCAGAAGUUUUUACCGUAUAACAGUUUGGAUGAUGAUGACGAUGCUGAUCCGUACUCGUCUGACCAUUUUCGUAUGUACGAGUUUAAAGUGAGGCGGUGUACCCGUAGCCGGAGCCAUGAUUGGACUGAUUGUCCGUUUGCUCAUCCUGGUGAGAAGGCUAGACGGAGGGAUCCGAGGAGGUUUCAUUAUUCCGGGACGGUUUGUUCUGAAUUUAGGAAGGGGAAUUGUAGCAGGGGUGAUAAUUGUGAGUUUGCACAUGGGGUGUUUGAGUGUUGGCUUCACCCAACUCGGUAUAGGACUGAAGCAUGCAAAGAUGGGAAAAACUGCAAACGCAAGAUUUGUUUCUUUGCACAUACACCGAGGCAGCUUCGUGUUCUUCCACCUAGUUGUUACGAAAGUGGUUCAUCACCCAAGAAUUUGAAUAAUUCCCCAAUUGAGAAAAAGUACCGAAAUAUGAACCAUUGUUGUGUUUUUUGCCAUUCUGUUUCUGCUUCCCCAACUUCUACUUUAAUUGGUAUGUCCCAUAUCUCUCCCCCUAUGUCACCGUCCCUCUCACCGCCUCUUUCCCCUGCCAAUCGAAACCAGUUUUCUUCUCCCAUGUCGCGUUACACCGAUCGUUUUGGGAGUGUUGAGUCGUCGUCCUCUGGAAUGGGUCAGCUCGAUCCAUCUGGGCUGUUGAGUUACAAAGAUGCACUUACUGAAUUGGUUAGCUCAUUGGAAGCUAUGAAUGUGAAUCAUGAACCAAAUUCUUCAGCAGCAGCUGCUGCUCAUCCUCAUUCUGUUAAUUUUGAUGGGAAUUUACCAUGGCUGGAUGUGAAUUUCAACAACAAUAAUAGUUACGAUGAUCAUCAGCAGUUCCUUCUUUCACCUUCAACUCCAUCUCCAAGUCCGAUUUCUAACUCGAGAACCAAAUUCUACACAAGGGAAUUUCCAUCUGCUAGCCCUGUUUCGAGCUCGAGGUUGAGCUUUGUUGAAGAGCCGAACAAUAACAAUGCUACAAACAGAUUUUACAGUGACAGUGGAUUAUGUGGAGGACCAGAUCUGGGGUGGGUCAAUGACCUACUGACUUGAAAAGAAAAAAAAAGUUAUGGAGAGCUCAUGGGCCAUUGAUGGAGCUCGUUUUUUGUGGUCCUACAAAUUAAACAAUUGUUGAUGAUGACAGAAGAAAUUAUUGAGAUUUGAGAAGAAUGAUUUUUGUAUAUACAAGUUUUUAAGUGUACGGUUUAAUUUACUAGUUGCUGCUGCUGCACCAUCCAUAUAUAAUCCAACAAGAAUAAGAGUGUUUAGUGUAUAUAUGAGAUGGAGGAAGACGAAAAAGAUGAAGAUGUGUGACUGUUUUAUUACUCUUAUUUACUAAUUCUGAAAGCUUAUUAGAUUUUUUUUGCCUUAUUUUUAAUGAAUGUAAGAUUUCUGGGUCGUCUCUUGAUUAUGAAGAUGUAAUUUUCAAUUUCAAUUUCCAUUUUGUUGAAGGUGAGAUUGUGAGGAUAUUAUUGUGUUAUAUUAAAGUUUAAUGUUGAAUCCA